CCAUGGACGAACAGCCAAACAUGUCAACACUUCCCAUCUUCAUAUUUAUCCUCUACUUAUUUCAAGGCAUCUUAUACGGAUUACAAGUCAAUUUUCUACCGAUUACUUUAAGGAAUAAAGGUCUUUCUUUAUCCUUCAUUGGUUCACUCAACCUCCUUGCUCUACCUUGGAUUUUCAAGUCAUUAUGGGCUCCGGCUAUCGACUUGUACUGCAGUAUACGAUCAUGGUUGACGAUAACUCUUACAGGAAUCCUUACCUGUUUGUUUCUGGUACACCUAACACAAGAAGGUACUCUUUUUUCCCUCAUAACCAUUAUUUUAAAUAUCUUUUCCGCAACACACGAAUUGGUGAUUGGGAAGAUCCUGCUUCGUCAACUUAAAGAUGAACAGCUCAAGACAGCGAGUUCUUACAAAGUUUUUGCUUAUAAGGCGGGAAGUUUGCUGGGAGGAGGUGCUACAAUAUGGAUUUCAUCAGUUCUGGAACUAACAAACCAAGUAUUCCUCAUAAUGUCGGCUAUUUAUUUUGCACUUUUAUUCUUUACAAUAUUUCUGAUCCCGGAAAAUGUUUUAGAGAAACCGGAAGUAAUGAAAACUCGUGACAGUCAAAUGGUUUCUUGCGCUGUACCGGAAGUGAAGGCCAAAAGUUUCGAUUUCUCUGGCGUGAGUCUGUUUAUAACUAAUAUGUCACGUGGUUCAAAGUGGAUGGUCACGUGCUUGCUUGUUUAUAAAUUUGCAUCUCAUAGUUCGCAUUUGUUGUUCACGAUGGCGUUAGUUGAUCGGGGUGUUAAGGUAUCUAAUAUUGGCUUGAUGUCUGGAGUCAUAGGACAUGUUAUAUCGCUACUGGUUGCCAUGGUGAUUGGAAUUAUGCUCAGUCAGAAAAGGUUCUCUUCUAUGAGCAUCCUUUUCUGUGUAUCAUUACUAGACGUUCUUAGUGUCCUGGUUCAAAUAUUCAUUGUCUUUUCUCAAAAUGCAGCCCAAGUAUCGACAAAUACAGUUUUCUUCUCUUUUUGUCUUCAACACAUCGUUCUCGGUGCGCAAGCCAUUCCAGUGUUUUCUAUCACUCUGAUGUUCUGCCAGAGAGAACAUUCCAAGUACCAAACAACACAGCAUUCAUUGUACACCACAUUAGAUACCUUGGGAAGCAAGUUCAGUUCGUUUAUUGCUGGUUUGAUGGCAGAUUUCUUUGGCUAUGCCUUUGGACUGUGUAUUUCGUUUUUAGCCUCGAUAGCAUUCUUGUUUUUGGUUGUAAAAGGCCCCAAAGAACGCGAGAUUGAGAGACAACACGCCAAAAGGGAAUAAGAACAAAAAAACCUGAAAAAUAACUGAUACGAGUAAGAUCAAAGCUUUGUUAAAAUGCAGCCAACAAUUCUCAAAAACAUUUUGAUCAUUGCUGGUGACAGUAUUCAAAUAAUCGCAAAAAAGUUCCAACAAUGUUGAGUAAAAUGCUGGCAAUACACUGGAUUCUGGAUCAAAUACAAUGGAUCCUGAUCGCUGGCACGAGCUAGCACUGAGACUUUGCUGCAACAGCAGGAAUAGAUCCGCUUAUGUUUAUACGCGAGCUAACUUAGUGAACCCAACUUAGACGCAGUUUUAGGGUCAGUAUCUUUUCAUAAAUAGCAUUAAAUGGCGGGGAUCGAAAAUUUAAAAAACGUGCAACAAAAAGUUUUUUACCAAAGCUAGUUGAAAGGCAAAUCAAUCUUGCUCAAGAUAUUAUUUAUGAAAUGUAUUUUUUUAUUUAGUACGCGAUGUAUUUUUUGAUUUUGUAAUCAAUACACCACAAAUAACAAAAUAUGAUGGUUCUACUCAUAAACACAUUGACAUAAAAAAACUAAAAAUAUAAGGUAAUACUAUGGUUGAUCAUAAAGAUAAUUUUUGGAUUUCAGCAUAAUAUAUGUGUAUAGCUAGCGUUCCUCUGAGGCACUCUGGAAAUAAAGGGUCUUUAAUCUGAUGUU